AUGCAUGCAAUGGCGUGGUGGGGCGGCAGGGAGGCCGAGCCGUUCCCGUCCGUGGACAAGUGCGACGCGUUCCGCCUCGGCCGGGGCUCCACGGUGGUGGCGGACCUGGACGGCGCGCUGCUCCGGUCCCCGGACGCCUUCCCCUACUACGCGCUCGUCGCCUUCGAGACGGGCGGCGCGGCGCGCCUGGCGCUCCUCCUGCUCCUAUCGCCGCUGGCCGCGGCGCUGCGCCGCGCGGUGUCGGAGUCCGCGGGGGCGCGGGUGCUGGUGUUCGCGGCCACGGCGGGCGCGCGCGUGGCCGACAUCGAGUCCGCGGCGCGGGCCGUGCUGCCCAGGUUCUACGCCGCCGACGUGCACCCGGGCGCGUGGCGGGUCUUCUCCGCGUGCGGCGGGAGAAGGCUGGUGCUCACCGCCGCGCCGCGGGUCAUGGCCGAGCCGUUCCUCCGGGGGUACCUCGGCGCCGACGCCGUGGCGGGGACGGAGCUCGCCGCGUGGCGGGGACGCGCCACGGGGUGGGUCGACGCGCGCCGCGGUGGCGUGCUCGUCGGCGAGAGCAAGGCACAGGCGCUGAGGGAGAUGCUCGCCGCCGGGAAGAUGCCCGAUGUCGGGCUCGGACACCGGAGAUCGGAUUACGCCUUCAUGAGCAUCUGCAAGGAGGCCUACCUCGUGCCGCGGACGCCGGUGGAGGCCGUGCGCGCGGACCAGCUGCCGAAGCGGGUCGUCUUCCACGACGGCCGCCUCGUGCAGCGCCCGACCCCGCUCGUGGUCCUCCUCACCGUGCUGUGGUUCCCCGUCGGCCUCCUGCUCUCCCUCGUCCGCGUCGCCGCGGGGGUGCUUGUCCCGAUGCGGUGGCUCCACGUCGCGUUCCACGCGCUGGGCGUGCGCGUCGUCGUGCGGGGGGCGCCACCGCCGCCGCCGCGCGCUGACGGCAACGCGGCACGCACGGGGGUGCUCUUCGCCUGCUGCCACCGCACGCUCCUGGACGCCAUCUUCCUCUCCGUGGCGCUGGGCCGGCCCGUGGCCGCCGUCACCUACUCGCUGUCCCGCCUGUCGGAGUUCCUGUCCCCGAUCCGCACCGUGCGGCUCACCCGCGACCGCGCCGCCGACGCGGCCACCAUCAGGCGCGUGCUCACCGAGGAGGGCGACCUCGCCAUCUGCCCCGAGGGGACCACGUGCCGGGAGCCGUUCCUGCUGCGGUUCUCGGCGCUCUUCGCCGAGCUCACCGACGACGUCGUGCCGGUGGCGGUGGAGUGCCGGAUGAGCAUGUUCCACGGCACGACGGCGAGGGGGUGGAAGGGGAUGGACCCCUUCUACUUCUUCAUGAACCCGAGCCCCGUGUACACGGUCACGUUCCUCGACAGGCUGCCGCCCGAGCUCACCUGCGGCGGCGGGGGCAAGUCCAGCCACUGGGUAGCCAACUACGUGCAGAAGCUUAUAGCCUCCACGCUGUCGUACGAGUGCACCGGCCUCACCAGGAAGGACAAGUACAGGAAGCUAGCCGACAACGACGGCGUAGUCCCUGUAAACACCGACGAUGGUAGGAAGAAGCGCAUGGCUUUGUAA